AUGCUAGUUCGCCAAUCUAUUUCAGUCUGUCAAAGACCUUUCACUCGAAUUGCUAUUCGAGCGAUAACAUCUGGGCCUAUUCACAAUGCUCAAAGGAGUUUUGGAGUAAGCACAAAGAAUGACAAGCCAAGAAUCCUAAUUACAGGUGGUUUGGGCCAACUUGGAUUGCCCCUGGCGUCAGUCUUCAGGUCCAAAUUUGGUGAAGACUCAGUGGUUUUAACGGAUAUCAAGAAACCUGAUCGGCCUAUUAAAGAUCUCGGUCAUUUUGAAUUUGCCGAUAUCUUGGAUGCCAAUGGACUUAGGGAAUUGAUUGUUGAAAAUCGUAUUGAUUGGUUGGUUCAUUUUUCAGCUCUUCUCUCAGCUAUUGGAGAGCAGAAUACUCCACUUGCGAUGAAAGUCAAUAUUGAAGGUCUCCAUAACAUCUUCAAUAUUGCUCGUGAGUUUAAUCUUCGCCUGUUCAUUCCAAGUACAAUUGGCGCAUUUGGUCCCAACUCCCCACGCAAUCCAACUCCCGAUGAUUGCAUUCAACAGCCGAAUACCAUCUACGGAGUGAGUAAAGUUCAUGCCGAACUGCUGGGCAUGUAUUUGAACCACAGAUAUGGACUCGAUUUCAGAUCACUACGUCUUCCCGGUGUUAUUUCUGCCGAUAUCGAACCUGGAGGUGGUACAACUGACUAUGCUAUCCAUAUCUUCAAGUAUGCGAUGCGUGGUGAACCCUAUCCAUGCUUUUUGAGUGAAAAUACAAGGCUGCCAAUGAUUUGGAUUGACGAUGUUAUCAGAGCUAUGGCAGAGUUUAUAGAAUGCCCGAGGGAGAAAUUGAAGAGGUGUGUCUACAAUUUGGCGGGAAUCUCAUUCACUCCGAAGGAGAUCAAUGAUGCCAUGAUUCGCGGAAUGCAGCGCCAUGGCCUAUCACAACAGCUGCAGACAUAUGAAUUGAAAUAUGAUGUGGAUUUCCGUCAAAAGAUCGCCGAAAGCUGGCCAGAGGUCUUAGAUGAUAGCAAUGCAAGAAAUGACUGGGGCUGGAGGCACGAGGUUGACAUUGAUGGAAUGGUUGAUAAGAUGUUUUUAUAUCUGAAAACCCACUGCUAA